CAGGAUCAGUUCUCCAAUGUGGCUUAAAUUUCGAUGAAGUGGCGUAAUAAGUGAAUAAUUAACCGAUUUCCGAAGGCUAAAUGACCGUGAAUGUCGCCUAGCAACUUGCGGCGACGUCCAGCGUCUUCGGCGUCGUAGCAUACGAUGCUUUCUAAAUGCCACAAGAAAGGUAGAGUUUUCUUUCAUCCUAGUACCGGUAAAGAAUAUGAAUGAAGUCCAAUUAUUUCAACGUGCAGAUAAUUGCGUUGUUUAUGCUUUCGUUGAUCCCAUGGCCGGGGCCCACAGUUUUCAAAAUCUCGUGUCCGCGAGAUAAUGCCCGAAUCGUGCGGAAAAUAAUCCAGAACAAAUGGAUACCGAUUUUAGAAAAAUACAAAGUCAGUCUGCCCAUCGAGUGCCCCUUCCACCCCAUUAGGGACAUCUUCGGGCCCCAGCAGGCCGCCAAACAGCAGCACCGGCCCUCGCAAUGGACGUGCGGCCUCUGCGGCAAGUCGUUUUUCGAGGAGAAAUACCUGGACAUGCAUUUCGACAAUCGCCAUAAGGGUUUCAUAAAUAUGGCCGAAGACGCCGUGUGCCUUGCAGACUACUGCGACAUUAUGAGAUGUGACGUCUUGAUAACGCAAGACCCCAAAACCGUCUAUCCAGACACCGUCAACACGGAUAUAGAAAUCUGGCGCGAAGCUUCCUCGUACACCAAAGCCUUGGCGACGUCCGGCCCACGCGAAGUCGCCAAAUACACCUUCAAGGAUGGGAUUUACCCCCAUCUGCAAAAAAGCGGAAAAGCAACGAAGCCCACCAAGCAUUGCCAGAAGAAUGAAGCACCGGAAGCGCCUAAUAGCAACGAAGAGCGCCAAUCUGCAGGCGACGACGAUAAAUUGCAGAAUAGUUCGAAUAAUGUGUGUCAAAAUGAUUUGGUGGAUUCGGCUUUGCCGGCACCGGACAACAGGCAGCAGAGAAUAGCCGAACUGCAAAAGUUGAAAGCGAAUUGUAAACCGGAAGAACUGCAGAAAAUUAAGACGAAGUGCGAGAUUUUGGUGCGCGAUUGCAUCGCGGGGCUGCUAAUUCAACUCUCGGUGAAAGAUUUUAAAGAAGUUGAAGACGAGUUAAACAGGGCUGUCUGUUGGUACUUGACGUGUGACCGGUACUGGGAGGAUACGCAGGGGGAUAUCCGCAGCUUCCCUUGGGGUUUGCUCUGUAUGAUAAUAAUGGUUCUGUCCCUCGGCAUCUGCAUGUGUUACUACAUCAUUUGGGUCUUGUUCGACACCGAUGACGUCAGUGUUGCUAGUGCUAGUAUGACCGAUAGAUCGACGCCUUCGCCGGCUCAUGUCCAUCGGCAUGAGCCUCCACCACAGGCAGACGGUCACCAAAUUUACACAGAGGAUUAUUACCUGGCUCCAGAUAAAGAUAACGAAUACAUAUACGUAACUUAUCCUCCUGAUUUAAAACGACGGCUUUUAGAAAGCUGCUACAAUCGAACUACCCGCUUGUGAGACCUAGUACGAAGAGAUCGUUUAGCUCAAUUUUUAUUUAUUUUGUAGACUUUUUAAACAGACUCCAUACUGAAAACAUUCCAAAAUUAUAAGUAGGGGAAUACUCAAAUGUAUUAAAGUUUUACAAAACUUAAUACUUUUAAGUAAUUUUCUGUUUCUAUCUAGAUUGUAGUUUAGACAUAAUUCGAAUUUGGUAGCCAAUAGCUGGACUGAGCCUUUUUCCCUUAAAAAUACUUUAAUUUUAAUCGAACAGUAGAUGGUGGCAUAAUUUUUGAACGUCAUACAUUUCGUACGAAAUAAAAUCGGAAUUUUGUUUCACUGCUUGCUGUCUCAUGCCUUGACCAUUAACAUGAAAAAAACGGAAUUUAAAUUCUUGUCCUUGUACCUAAGAUAAUCCAAGCUGAAUUCCAUCCUACGAUUACCAAACAAACUCAGAUACAAUUUGUUACAACUAGGUGUAGUCUUUAGCGUAAUAAUUAGCUUGAUGUUACUUUGUUUUUAUUGCAACGAUGUACAUAAUGAUAGUUGGAUAACUUUUGUACAUGUGAAAUACUUUACUAUGCACCUUUUUGAGCAUUGCAAUGAAUGUAAAUUUACAUCUUUAAAACCAUGUUCAUAAUUUAUAAAAAUGUAAUAAUAUUCAAGGAUCAUAAUAAAGAUUUAAUAUUGAAUGAAA